GUUUCUUUUUCUUAUCAGUUUGUUAACGCUUGCAGAUUAAGGUUUGUUGUCAUUUCUUAUCACAGUCUGGUAUCCAGUUAUUUGCAUUGAGAUUUAUGUUAAAUCCCAUGCCAUCCCAUAAACGGCACGCGUCCUUUGGAAAAUAAUUGUGUAAGAUGAAUUUCCUCUGGCUAAUUCCGCUAUUCGCCUUCGCCGACCCGGUCGUUCCGGACUGCGGAUGCAACAAGGCAAAACGCUCCCCCGUCGAAAGCGAGAAACAACCCACGGAGCAGGUCAUUUUCCCAAAACUCACCAAGAAACAGUACGGCGAACGGUUGGUGGAUCUGAUCCAACACUCGGAAAAGUUUGACGCCAUGAGUUUGAUUCCGGGUGGAAAGUACGUCAUCGGAACGCGGGAACCAAUUUUCCCCGAAGAUCGAGAGCAUGAGCGGAAGGUGGCGAUAAACGCGUUCUAUAUGGACAAGUACGAGGUUUCGAACGGGGACUUUCGGGAGUUUGUCGAGGCGACCUCGUACGAAAGUGAAGCCGAGCGGUUCGGGGACAGUUUCGUGUUUCAUGGGUUCUUGGAUGAGGAGGUGAGGAAGAAGUUCCACGAUUUAAGGGUGGCGGCCGCUCCCUGGUGGUACAAGGUGACCGGAGCUAGCUGGCGCCACCCGGAAGGCGAUCCGUCUCGGGACAUUGAAGAUAGGCUGGACCAUCCGGUUGUGCACGUGUCCUGGAACGAUGCCGUGGCGUACUGUGACUGGGCUGGGAAGAGACUUCCCACGGAGGCGGAGUGGGAAGUGGCGUGUCGCGGAGGUCGCAAGCAGAAAUUGUUUCCGUGGGGCAACAAGCUGAUGCCAAACGACAAACAUUACAUGAACAUCUGGCAGGGAGAGUUCCCCGAAGCUGACCUAGCGGAAGACGACUGCAAGGGCACCUGUCCGGUGGAUCGGUUCCCGCAGAACACCUUCGGGCUGCACAGCAUGGUCGGGAACGUGUGGGAGUGGACGGCGGAUCGGUGGGACGAGGAGGAAAAGGUAAGUCCGCCGAACAGGGUGAAGAAGGGAGGUUCGUACCUCUGUCACGAGUCGUACUGCUACCGGUAUCGGUGUGCGGCGCGGUCGCAGAACACCGAGGAUAGUUCGGCAGGGAAUCUUGGCUUCCGGUGCGCGGCGGAUCCGGAGUAGAUUCGAGGGUGAUUCUGUACCGGUAAAGUAUUUUUAUGUUUUUAUACAUAACCUGGGGAAAUCUCUAGAUAAGUACACAAGUUCUCUCUUAUUCUGCUAUUCGUAGCUCGUCAAAACUCAAAUACGAAUAUAUUCCAAAUAAUUAAAUAA